UCAAACACUUCCAGAAAGUCGGUGUGCCGGAACUCAGACUCUGAGCCUGUCGACGUGUACGUGUCGUGUUAGUGUUAUUGUGUGUCCGUGUGUGUCGGGCAAGGCUUGAAGCGGCUGCGUUCACCGCUCAGCUGGUCAGCUUCCUGGCUUCAACGAAACAAACCUGUUGAGUGCGGGUCCUACUAGCAUUUGAAAGAGUAGCCCCUCUGCGCCAACAUCAACCCCCAGCUCUCUCGUGCCGGCGGAGAACUAGAGCUCAGUAAUAAUUCUUUUGUUGACCUUGGAAGAACAGCGAUGGAGCAGAGCGUGCUAGCGGCGAUGCGGCCGGUGCUUGCGAUACUUGUGCUCGCUCUGUGCACGCUCAGCACUGGUGCGAUGGCUGACACCUGCACAUGGGAUCUGGAGGAGCGCAAGCUGACAUGCCCGCAAGCUAUCAUCAACCAGCCGGCCGCUGGCCUUGCUGCGCUGGUAAACUACACACGCUGCUGCUCCCUGGAGACACCCCCGUACAUUGAAGCGUUUGUUCUCGGCGGGAACCUCGGCACACCGGCAUGUUGCGUGGAGCGGCUACCGACCUACACAAGCCUGGCCAACACUCCACCUGCCCUGGAAGCAAGGCUGCAGGGAGCCGCUGUUAACGACAGUCAAGGACCUACUCAAGGUUAUGUGCAGCUGACAGGCGCGGUUCUACUCACAGAUGCUGUUGAUACUGGUGAUUCUGGAUUGGAGGCAGUGGAGAUAGCUGGCAUUGUUGUCACCUGUAUUGGUGGUCUGAUACUGUUGCUUAUCAUCAUCUAUGUCUUUGUCACCUUGAGUCGCAGCAAGGACAGCGACGACCGACCACAGUCGCAGAAAGAGAAAGAGGCCGAGGCAGACGGCCGCGGUUCGCCGUACGCAAAGCGGAAGUCAAAGUCGCGCACCAACCUGGUGUGCUUCUCAUCCACAGCCGUUUGAGUCGGUGUCCUUCCACAGCUCAAUGGUCUGUCUACAUGGCCUCCGCAGUUGCUCAGAUGACGCUCGGUCUAAACUUUCGGUACUGUUGUGCAGCAUGCAGUCACGUCCACUUGAUGAAAUGUCGUGACACACCGAGCGAUGACUUCACGGUAAUGUGCCAAUCCUACCCUGUACACUACAUGAUGAUUUUCAAACACUUGCCCAGUGUAUCCAUGGACACGAAUGUUGCCAUGGAUUCGCUACAAGCACGACUACUGACCAUCUCUAAGCUAACUAACCGCCUGAUGUCCAUUGCAUUGUUACUACUAGUAUAAACUGCACUUUGCAUAGAACCCUGCGCCCUAUGAUUCGCUCUCAUCUAAACUGGACUAUUUCAAUGACUUCGCUCACCACCAUGUACCAGUACUACCCCCCCCCCCCCCCACGCACACACACCCUUGAGGAAUAGAAACAUGUACACGUAGACGUUCUGCUGUAUUACCGCUGGCGUUAGGGCCUGUCCGUGCAGCUCAGCCAUCAUUCAAGAGUUCCCACACAGACCUCCUAGCAUGCUGCAGCUUCUGGCCUUUAGUGGCAUGAUGCAUGCUUCUCGGGCGUCUGACCCCGUUCCAUAGAAAUGAUGAUAUGCAUGCAUGCAGGCGCGCAAAGAGGGCCUGUCCUCUUCUUAGUGCAUAUACGCUUGCCGGAAUUGCACAGUGCAUACAGAAACAUACACGAUCAAUGCAGAAUUGCCACUUUGACGUGCUAGGAAAAUAAUACUGCAUGUUCUGUUUUUAGACAUAGAGUUGUGAUGCAUUCUAACUGGCUGCUGUAGAAGGAUUUUUUCAAUUUGAUUUUGCCGCUAGAUAUCACACACUUCACGAUUCUCCUAUCAUGAACUCACUCCUGGAUUGCAUCUCUUUUGCGCUUCUCGCACUUGCUUGCCGGGCAGAAUGAGCCAUGCUCCAAUUAUUUGUGACGUCAAUGAUAACUUAGUAGGAGUGGCGAGGCUUCCUGCAGCUUCAUUCAUAGGAAAUGGUUUAGAGCCGGCACGCUCGGCACGCUCUUUCCCAUUCACUCUGCCACAUUGACAGCUUGGCUUAUUUCUUUGUUCGUCGACUAUAGUCGAUAGCUACCAGUGCUGCUACUGACUUUCCGAACACUGGCUAUCAUCGCUCGCUCAUUUAGCUAUCACUCUCGCCUCCUGCUCUUUGGAAUAUGAUAUAGGCAACAUGUGCAUAAUGUUCGUCAGUUGA